CGUCGCCUCCGCUGUUGGCUUGUCUACUGUGUAAAUUUAAAUAGACCAUGGAAGCUUGGAAUCGCCUUUUGACAUCUGCUCGGGUCGAACCUGCAGACCUUUUUCGUCAGAUACUGACAGAGGUCUUGGACGACCUCAUGGACCAGGUUUCGGGAUCAUCAAGAACUGAAAAAGUCAAGCAUGCUUUGCAAAACAUCUCCCAUAUGUACAAAGGAGGACUUUCGAUAGCCUCUAGUCAGUAUCGACCCGACUGGAGUGACUCAGUCUACCGCUGCGCCUACGUGUUCCUGUACCUGAUGCAGCAGUGUCAUCUCGUGCACUUCUCACUUCAACGCGAAUCAAAUGACAUCAUAGCUGCAUGGCGCAACAUGAGCAACAUGAAAGUGUGCAGCAUCGGGGGCGGGCCUGGGUCUGACCUGGUGGGCGUGACAACCUUCCUCCGUGAGUAUGGAAUAUUCCCUCCUUCGCUGGAGUGUCUGGUCUUGGAUCUGUAUCCCAACUGGAAAGACACGUGGGACACAAUACACCAAUGCAUUCCAGAGUAUUUUAGGGUAAAAUACCAAAGGUGCGAUGUUGUCAGAGAUGUAGGUCUCGCAAGCAAUGCCCUUCAAUUCAUCCAACAGGCUGACUUGAUCACCUUGGUAAAAUUCUUCUCAGCAGUAUCUGCUUUCUUCCGAACGAACCAUGGACGAUCACGAGGUAACUUCCUCCGUUCGAUUCUCCGAGAAAUAAAACCCGGGUGCUUCGUGCUGUACAUCGACAAUGCACACGAAAGCGACACGCAGUUUGAGAGGGACUUUGCAUCUCCAGCUGGUCUUGAUGUGGUGUCCCAGUUUCGUGGCUAUUCCAGCUUACCUUUUGGGGAAUAUUCUGUUACUGUUAGAUCCUACUCUCGUAACUUCAAUUACCUUCCAUUGAGUAGGUGCAAUGUUAUCAUCCAGCUGUUCAAGAAGAGAGUUGAUCAUGCCAGCUUCCAGAAGGGACCUCCUCUUUCGUUGGUUGAUCGGAUUCAGCGUAGUGUACACUGCUUGUAUAAUACCUUGGACGACCACAAUGGGUUUGAUGAGAGCAAUUCAUUCGACGGCCAAGAUGAGUUUGGUGGCAAUGAUUAUGUUGACGGCCAAAGUGGCAGUGAUCAGUUGGAUGACCAGGAAAAGCUUGGUGACAGCGAUUAUUUCGACAACCUAUGUGAGUUUGGUGGCAGUGAUCCGUUGAAUGACCAGGAUGAGGCUGGUAGCUGCAGUCCUUUCGACAGCCAAGAUGAUUUUGGUGACCUUGAUCCGUUGGAUGACCAGGAUGUGUUCGAUGGCAGAGAGCCUUUCGACAGCCAAGAUGAGUUUGAUGACAGUGAUCGGUUGGAUGACCAGGAUGAGUUCGACGGCAGUGAGCCUUUCGACAGCCAAGAUAAGUUUGGUGACAGUGAUCCGUCGGUUGACCAGGAUGAGGCUGGUAGCUACAGUCCUUUCGACAGCCAAAGUGAGUUUGGCGACAGUGAUCCGUUGGGUGACCAGGAUGCGUUCGGUGGCAGCAAUCUUUUCGACAGCCAAGAUAAGUUUGGUGGCAGUGAUCGGUUGGAUGACCAGGAUGUGUUCGAUGGCAGAGAGCCUUUCGACGGCCAAGAUAAGUUUGGUGACAGUGAUCCGUUGGAUGACCAGGAUGAGUUCGAUGGCAGUGAGCCUUUCGACAGCCAAGAUAAGUUUGGUGACAGUGAUCCGUUGGAUGACCAGGAUGAGGCUGGUAGCUGCAGUCCUUUCGACAGCCAAAAUGAGUUUGGUGACAGUGAUCCGUUGGAUGACCAGGAUGAGGCUGGUAGCUGCAGUCCUUUCCACAGCCAAAAUGAGUUUGGUGACAGUGAUCCGUUGGAUGACCAGGAUGAGUUCCGUGGCAGUGAGCCUUUCGACAGCCAAGAUAAGUUUGGUGAUCUGUUAUAUGACCAUGAUAAGUUUGAUGGCACUAAGCCUUUCGACAGCCAAGAUGAGUUUGGUGACAGUGAUCCGUUGGAUGGCCAGGAUGAGGCUGGUAGCUGCAGUCCUUUCGACUGCCAAGAUGAGUUUGGUGACAGUGAUCCUUUGGAUGACCAGGAUGAGUUCGAUGGCAGAGAGCCUUUCGACAGCCAAGAUAAGUUUGGUGACAGUGAUUGGUUGGAUGACCAGGAUGAGUUCGAUGGCAGUGAGCCUUUCGACAGCCAAGAUAAGUUUGGUGACAGUGAUCCGUUGGUUGACCAGGAUGAGGCUGGUAGCUACAGUCCUUUCGACAGCCAAAGUGAGUUUGGUGACAGUGAUCCGUUGGAUGACCAGGAUGAGUUCGGAGGCAGCAAUCUCUUCGAUAGCCAAGAUAAGUUUGGUGACAGUGAUUGGUUGGAUGACCAGGAUGAGUUCGAUGGCAGUGAGCCUUUCGACAGCCAAGAUAAGUUUGGUGACAGUGAUCCGUUGAAUGACCAGGAUGAGUGUGGCAGCAGCGGUCCUUUCGACUGCCAAGAUGAGUUUGGUGACAGUGAUCCGUUGGAUGACCAGGAUGAGUUCGAUGGCAGUGAGCCUUUCGACGGCCAAGAUAAGUUUGGUAACAGUGAUCAGUUGGAUGACCAGGAUGAGUGUGGCAGCAGCAGUCCUUUCGACAGCCAAGAUGAGUUUGGUGGUAGUGAUCCGUUGGAUGACCAGGAUAAGCUUGGUAUGAGCAAUUCUUUCAGCAGCCAAGAUGAGUUUGAUGGCAGCGAUUCUUCCGAUGGCCAAGAUAGAUGAAUCUGGUGACCGUGAUUAUGUUGACGGUCAAUGUGUUUCGUGGCAUUGAUCCCACGUGUUUGUGUUUUUUUCAUUUUCCUCUGGACCAGCUACAUUCUUUCAGUUUUCUUGUCGCGUAUUUUUGGGGGAUUUGUGUUAAGAGAGACGUUUUGGGGUGUAAGGACGUAUCCAGGCUUUCAUUAUCACUGGAAUAUCAGAACAAUCACUAAAAUUAUCGAAUUUAAGUGUUCGAUGACAGUGGUUUCCGUCUCGAUGGCGUCCAUGUUGAACGCGCUGAAGUUUACUGACACGCACGCGCAGUACCCACAAUCCUUUGAAAAUGCAACUCUGAGCAUUCGUUAUAGCCCGCAAGUGGCGCGUAAUUUGUUUUGUCUUUGCAGUACGUGCAUUGCUGGCGGUGGCCAUCAUUGACCCUUCUGAUCUCCGUAUAUGCUUACUCCUUGUGUAUACUAGCUCCAUGUUAUGACUAAAUACUUAUUUAUAUUUAUAUCUGUUCAUCCAAUAGCGCAUUCAGCGCCAAUUGCAGGAUGGUAAUGAGUGAAGGCAAUGAAGAAAUGUUCAGAUUUAGCCUGAGGUGGGAGGAAAACCCAUGAUAAGUGUUUUGGGGAAAACUCACGCACUCAGUUAGGGACUGAAAACCCAAUACACAUGUAGCCUGAGCCGGAUUCGUACCCGGACCGCAUAAGUUGAAGGUGAGGAAAGAAACACUACGCUACCCUGACUUAACAGUAUACAGUGACGUCAUAGUCGUGGAGUUGCUUGUUCAAGAAUAGAGGAGUUUUUACUAGCUGGGACUUAACAAUAGUUAUAAAUAUCAUCGUUUUAAUUAGUUUUUUUUAUAAAUUUCUUUAAAAUCACUUUUCUUUGUAGACUGCGCUUUAUGCAUAUAUCUUUUUAGUGCUUUUUCCGUGUUGUAUAAAAGCACAUGAAGGGAUAGUUUUGUCAAUGAAAUAUAUGACGACGUCAUCAUGGUGAAGCUCCAGACCUAGAGAGAUACACAGAGAGGAGCUUUUACUAUCUGGGACUUAAAAAUAAUAAUAAAUAUCAUCGUUUUCAAUAGAUUUUAAUAAAUUUCUUUAAAAUCACUCUUCUUUGUAGACUGCGCUUUAUGCAUAUAUCUUUUUCCAUCUCUGUGGUAUUUGUGUAUUAAAUACAUAAAAACUCAUUGAAAAUAUUUUUAAAGGAAUUUGUUAUAAAACGUAAGACAUUCUCCAUAAUUCAUAAAGCAUUGUCACUGAAUUCUAAUAACCUGAAUAUUUCCUUUUACUGCUGUGUAUCACCAAAUUCCUGUAGAAAUCAAAACAGAAAACACCCGUACGUUUUUGUCAGCCUAAAUUUCAGGUACUUUUGAAAUAAAACAAUCUUUUCAUUUAGUGAUUUUCAAAAUGUUACACAGUGAACUGUUACUUCAGAUCAGCUACGUAAGAAGCUUUUUUCAGUUGAUACUUUUGUAAUGGCUUCAUGUUUUUCUGCGUCUAAUUUCAUUUUCGUUAUGUGCAACUCAUUGCUUGACACGCUUAUCUUGUUUAGUAAAGAGGACCGUCAACAAACAAGGACAAUUUACUUUAUCUACAUCUGUUGUCUAUACAUGUAUACCAAACGAUUUUGUUAUAUAAAAUAGAACGAAUACAAAGACGUAGGCCAGGGCAGAGUUCAAUCCAGUAUACAGUUGACAUGUUGAGGUACCCGCGUUGAAGUAUGUUGUAA